UUCCUCCGGUCACACUGUGUUUAUUUACUCAACCAUUAUUUCGUAAUUUAAAGUCAUAUUUUAUCAAUGAAUUAAGAUAAGGAGAGAUCAGACCUACCCCCAAAUGACUUCACAAAUCUACAGCCAGAAGAAGUUCGUGCCCACGCCGCCCGAGAAAGGCUCCUUUCCACUGGACCACGAAGGCCUCUGCAAAAAGCAAUUCCUGCUCUACGCUAGUUGUCUCCGUAAAAACGCCCAGGAUACGAGUCAGUGCCGCCAGGACGCCCAGAACUAUCUGGCCUGUCGCAUGGACAAUAAUCUUAUGGAAAAAACCGAAUGGUCUAAGUUGGGCUUUCACGACCAGAGCACAAAAACCGAUCAAAAACCAACUGAGGCCCAGAAGCAAUAG